UCAUGCUGCUGCCAGGUCCAGAGUCUCUCAUGGGUCCCUGUACGGCCUCCCAUUGCUGCUGUCUCCAUCGCCACACUCUGCCAUGUGCCACUUUCAGGUCUCCUCACACACUGCUGGUGUGUGUUGAAUUUUUUGACAUAGGGUGCUGGCAGAUUACGGGCCUCCUAUAGCUGCUGCCAGGCCCCUAAUCUGCCAUGGGCCCCCUAUAUACCGCCUCCUCAUGCUGCUGCCAGGUCCUAGAGUUCUCAUGGGUCCCGUGUAACGGCCUACCAUUAGCUUGCUGUCUCCACGCCCACUCUGCCUUGUUGACACUUCAGGUCUCUCAACACAUUGUGUGUGUGAAUUUUUUGA